CGCUUGUCUAAUAACAAUGAUGAAGUGUAGUUCCGAGGAGGACUAGAGACGUGUUGGACCGCCCCUGACUUGUCAUUUGAAACUGGUGCUGGCUGGCAAAACAGGAUCACCUCAUCUUUCUCUAGGAAUAGAUGCCCAACUCAUGUCAACAGAUUGUUGUUGUUUAGGCGAAACUGGCGUUCCGGCAAAGGCCAACUAGUUAUGGCCACUGUUAAAAAGGACAACAGGCUGACAGGUUCUCAAAGCUUCCUGUGCGCCGGUUUCGCUGGGUUGUUCAGUAAAAGCGCCACGUCUCCUUUGGAAGUGGUGAAAAUUAAAAGUCAGGUGGGUACUUUUCACUGUAAAAAGGGCUUUUGGCAAAGUUUUCUCCUCAUCUACCACAAUGAGGGACUGAAAGGAUUCUGGAAGGGAAACUUCGUCUCUUGUCUGCGAUUGUUCCCCUACACUUCAAUACAUCUGGCAACUUACAGAAAGAUAGUUCAUUUUCACAUGGAUGAAUUGGGCUUCAUCUCCCAGGCGAGGGCCAUCUUGGCAGGGGGUCUUGCCGGCGUGGCCGCCGCCUUGGUCACAUACCCUCUGGAAGUAGCCGAGACCAGGCUGAUUGUGCAGAACUGCAGGGAACCCACAUACGUUGGUGUUGUGCACGCCAUUUCAAAGAUCCAGCGCGCAGAAGGGCUGCUGGCUCUCUACAGGGGCUUUUCCCUCACCGUUUUGGGCGCAUUCCCCUUUUCUCUGGGAUGCUAUGUCAUCUACAUGAACGUUGACAAACUGUGGCAGCAGCCUCCUUUUCGCUUUUCACCUCUGCAGGACUUCAUAAACGGCUGUUUUGCAGCAGGAGUGGCCCAAACACUCUCCUAUCCUUUUGAAACUGUCAAACGCAAGAUGCAAGCGCAGAGUUCCCGUCUGCCCCAUGUUGGUGGCGUUGAUGUGCAUUUCAGUGGCGUCACCGACUGUUUUGCACAGGUGGUGAAAAAUAAGGGGAUCCUCUCACUCUGGAGUGGCCUUACUGCUAGCACAAUAAAGAUUGUUCCCUACUUCGGCCUCCUCUUCACCUGCUUCGAAACGUGCAAGCGGGUGUGCCUGUACCGUAACGGGUACACUGUGUCGCCCCUCAGCUACCAGCCGGCGCCGGGUGUGGACCAAAGCCUGGGGCCGGCCGAGCUGCGGGAGGUGAAGCGCUACCUGAGGAACAGGAAGUUUGGUGCAGCGGGGCAGACCACUUUUGGAAACCGCUGGUGAAAACACUCACAGAAAUAAAUAAAUAGUGGUUGCUUAUGCAGGACACUUCAAUAGGUACACAUGCACAACCCGGCAUCAUUAUAAUAACGCUCACUUUUCCAUUGACACUUUGAGAGGUAUCACUUGCAUAGGAUAUUUAUUAUUCCUUGCCACACACAUCAAAAUAUUUCACAAAUGCACCCUAUUAUAUUUUAUUCUACCGAUACUUUUUAAAAUGAGAUUGAACUGUAGUUUGUGCACACCUGGAGGUAAGAAGGACUGGAACAAAUUAGUACCUGUUGGUUUGUCCUAAUGAAAUAUGAUAACAUUACUGCUACCACAUCACUACUAUCAGAAGAACCAGAGUAUAGAGCGGGGGCAGCCACCUGCUGUGGCCCAGCAAGGUGCACUGUAUUCGAGCACAUGCUCCGAGCAGCCGGUGCGACGCCAGGGAGGUCUCUGGCAAACCUGUUUUCAAUUUUCUGGCAUUUCAGAUAGCUAAGAUUUUUUGUGUGCUCGCAGAGUUAACAUUUGGUGCAACCAGCAUGCAAAAUGUCUUCCUCUGAAAGUGAAUGUUUGUUUACAAGUAAGCUCAGGCCAUUACAAGCAGGAGUUAAAAGAAGCGCGUGAUUUGCUCAUCUGGACAGUGCAGGUAAUCUCAUCUCAUUGGAGAAAAAAACACUCCCAUGAGGAGAGAUUUUUUACUUAUUUUUUAAAUUAUCUGAGUUAUUUUUUUCACCCUUAGUAUAUUCUAUUGCUUGGCAUCUAACUUAUUUUGCUGUCAAUUUUUGUUUAUGUUAUUUGAUUUGCUCUCUUCCUGUGUCAAUCAAAACUAAGUAUUAAUAUCUUUUAAAUGGCAGAUUUUCUGAUACACCUCUGCUAUUGGGAGUACCUCAUGAUGUCCACUUUAAUGGACGUGAAGGACAGUCCUCCACAGUAAACGCAUACAUUACAUGUUUCAUGAAAAUAAGUAACAGUCAUUGUAGGUUUUGUACUACAUUAUAAAUCUUUACCUCUUUUCAAACAUUAGACUUCUUGCAGUACUUUGACCUGUGCAGCAAUAAUAAUACAAGUGCUAUUCAAACAUAAAGCCCCAAAAACCUUGAUAGAGUACCGUAAUCCCUUGCUAUAUUGCGGGUUUUAAAAUCAUUUACGAUGGCUGGUUCGUGGUUGACUGUGGCCUAUUAUUAGUAAGUACGUAAAUUGCUAAAUUGGAGAGGUUAACUAGUUAGCUCGCUAGCUUGCUACCGUCUGUUAUGUCCCUGCAAUAUUCCGUAGCCUGCCGGUGCACAACACCGGCGUGAUGUAAACGAAGAAUAAUAGCUCUAUAAUGACUACCGGGGUGUUAUAAUAAUGUUAAAACUUGUAAUUAGAAAGUCAGUAACAGGCUUUCUAUGCUCUAACUACGUAAAAUGUUCAGUUUAUUAACAUUGACUCAUAUAUCGCGGAAGUUCCUUUAACGCAGUAAGAGCGAGUGGAAAAAAGGUUCCCCUCUAAUUCCGCCUGGAAGUAGUCAGGUUUUGUCGCUUGCCAUCUUUUCCCACUCUGUUGGAAACACCUUACAUGUACAAUAAGUAAAUAGGAGAGCCUAACUAGUUGGCUCGUAAUACUAGCGCUGGUGUCGUCUGUUAUAUCCCUGCAAUGAUUCCGUAGCCUGCCUAACCCUGACCGUAACCCUAACCCUUAAAAAAAUAAUAAUAGGAGUGUGAACGUGACUGUUGGGAGUGUUAUUUCAUGUCUACACGGCUCUAAUAAUGUUAAAGGGGUUAGAUUAGAAAGUGACAAACAGGUUUUCUAUGCUCUAACUAUGAAAAUAUUCCAUUUAUUAUGAGUGACUCAUACUGCAGUCAGUUCAAGAACUAUACUGUAUCAUGUGCCUUUUAAGUUAUUUAUUGUGUUGCCUUUGUCAGUUAUGACAGCACAUGCAGAAGACCUUAAAAUGCUCUUUACUGCUGUAAAUGAAUGGGUAUUUGUUGUGUAUCAAUAAACAUAAUGUUCAUUUGGUAAGGAUUUUUUUACCUUCAUUUCAGGGUCAUACUGUUUCCAUCUCGCAUUAACUGAAAAGUUAAUGAAAACAAAAAUAAGAUUUCAUUCAUUUUACUUAUUUUACUUUUUUAAGUUAGAUGCUGUUGUGUACUUAUUUUACCUUUGUUUUUAAUGUAUUAUUAUAUGUGAUCUAUUAUUUAUUUUUAUAUUUGUUGUGUACAUGGUAUUGUUAUUUUUAGUUAUUUCUGUCUCAAUACCACAUGCCAAAUGGAUCAAUAGUUGAGAAGCUUGGCAAGUGGCUUAUUUGUCUCAUUGAUGAAAAAAUAUGCAGUGACAAUCGAAGCAUUGACAAUACACUUGAUGCCUUUACAAAGUGUAACUUUGUGUCAAGUUUGGUUACUGUUACUGCGCUUUUAUCAAUAAAGUUGAAUCUAAACUUAACAACUACGUUUCCAACCCCGCCGAAGGCACAUAAAAAUUGUUAAAGUAUAUUUAUUUGUGUCGAAGCAUACAGAAACCAUCACCAUACACGCUUCUCUUUGUUUCGCCCUCUUCUUUUUCUCUCUUUUCGUACCUACUCGUAAUUAUUCUGAUGGUGUUUUUUUCCUGACCUAGUAAAUGGCUAGGAGUGACGUCAGUGCCUACGUCACUGCCAGUGGGACUGGAUUGCAGAUCGUGUGUGUAAAGAAGACGUGUCACUCGGCUCAAAGAA